AGCUAUAGGAAGACUGGACCAUUGUAAUGGCUGGAAGGGUAUAAAUGGAAGAGUCAAACAUGUGGUUUCCAAUUUGGUGAAGUGAGUAGUAGAUAAUUAUGACUGUAAGCAAUUUGAGCUAAACUUUUUUUUGUACACUUUAAGCACUUGCCCCUGCAAAGGUCUGUGCAAAGCUGUGACGCUCAGUGUUGUGUUAUUAGUGGGUAUUUGUUGUUUUUCAGAGAAUUGCGAUUACAAUUCCUUGAAAGCAGAGCGAUAACUUGUUAGAAAUCCUGAAAUAGCUGACACUUGGGCUAUUUCUUUGUCUGAGUAACACUCAGUUCAUACCAGUCAUUUGUUCUGAAUAGAAAAGAGAAGUCAACUCAUCCAGAUAGAAAAAAAAUGAAAAUCUCUCUCUUGCUCUCUUUCUGUGGGCUUGCACAUUUGGGUGGUGAGCACACAUGAAUGGUUAGCUACUGCUCAUCAAGCCACUUCAAAACCACACAGACCUUCUUGGCUGUCAGACAAAACCAGCCAGACAUAAAAUAUGGCUAUGAAUGUGAUGCUGUGACUUGGAGCUCUAUUCUAUGAGACACAAAGACCAACAAUGCAUUUUCUGCACAAACCUCUGCCCUACUUACUCUUUGGUAAGUACUUUUCUUCUCAUUUUGUGUUAGAACAUUUUACAGAACAUUUAAAAAUCUCCACAUGAAUUCUGUAAAAGUCGAAAGACUACAUCUAAGAAAUCUACAUUUCCAGCACACGGUGUAUCCCAUCCUCUAUUCCCCAAUCUACUGUAUGUCAAUGAGGUUGUCUUAUUUUUCUUGAACUAUUUCCUCAUUCUAUACUCCUCCACUCAGUAUAUCUCAUUUUGAGUAAGCAGGUGUCCCAGGAAUGAUGACGAUCUUCGAUUAUCUGUUACUGCUGUCUUGGUUACUGCUGUCCCUUUUUUUAGGUGUUCUCUUUGAAUAUUUUACCACACUCUGUUCCCCUCUCCAAGUUUCUCCAGUGUCCUGUGGGUCCAAGAAUAUCUCUUCACAUUACGGACACUGUGUCACAUCCCAAGAGGGAGUCCGUGAAUUAGUUUGCUUUGUACCUCUGGGCUUAAGUAGGAAUGGCUGGGAAUGUGUGUGGACACCGAGAAAGCAUCUUGUCUACCAAACACACAGAUACACACUCAUCAUAGAACAGAAAAUGAUUCACUUUUGCAAAAUGUACGCAAACAUAUCAGGGACAUCUCAGACUUUUAAUCUGUCUAAAAAGCGCAACAUGACGGCUCAUGUGUUUGACGAGAGUGAUCCGAAGAGCUGCACAAAGAACGUUUUCAGAGGUUCACCUCAACAAUUGGUUCGAUGCGGCCCUCCAUCUAACGUCGACUUAAAUCGCCAUUCAAGACAGCUGGACAUCCAGGCCUCCUGGAGGAAGGAGGAGAACAAAUAUAUUGCGCUGUACUCUGUGAGGUACAAGGACCUGAAGAGCCAGUCAUGGAAAGAGCCACCAGUGCAAUCCAGGGAUAGCAAUAGGUGCACUCUGGGUAAUCUUAACUCCUCACUGUCCUAUGUGGUGCAAAUACAGUGUGUGGCCAACGACAAAUGUACCCAGUGCCCCUGGAGCAAGAAUUUCACUGUUCCACCUGAACUUACUGAUAUGCCUGUCAUUGAGAUGGUAGAAGAUUUUCCACAAACCAAAGGAAGUAGAUUAGUGAUCAUAAAAUGGAAGUUUGCAGCCAGUGAGUUAGCGGAGGGCUACAGUGUGACAGUGGGGAAGGCCUCAGGAGAGGACCCCAUUGAGGCCUUCAAAACCAGCAGGACUCUACUCCGACUGGUCCUGUCUCACUCAGCCUACCACCUCACCAUCACAGCCUUCAACAAGGCGGGGAACUCGCCUGCAGCACAAAGGACUAUACCUCCACUGGACAACAAAGACUUAUAUGGGAGGCUGAAUGUGACAUUCACUGGCAACACGUCCUUCACUGUCUCCUGGGUGGAUGACCUGAUCAAAACCUACUCCUGCUUCUCAGUGGAGUGGUGGAGGAGAGGAGAGAAAGCUGCUCACAAGUCCUUCUAUGAGGAUGAGAACAACUAUGAAGUCAUACACUUGGACGAGCCAUUAGAGCUGUAUAAGAAGUACACCUUCACUCUGCACACGAGGCCACAUAAAGAACCCUGCAACCUGAAGUUCAUCAACAACAGCGAGAGCACCUAUGGGAGCAUCCAGUCCUUCUUCACUGAAGGAUCCCCCAUCAGUGCCCCAGGGAACAUCAGCAGCAGUAAUGUUAGCCAGAGUUCCAUGGUGCUGGAGUGGACAGCUGUCCCCGAGGAGGACAACAGAGGUUUCCUGCUGGGCUACUUCAUCCAUUACACAGAGAGGCUGCAGGACUGGACAGAUACUGAACCAAACAUCACUGUGGAUGCUGGUUCAACCAGCUAUGAGUUGGUAGACCUACAGAGCAGUACUGUAUACCGGGUCCAGUUGUCUGCCUUCACUGGUGCAGGAAUGGGAGUGAGAAGCUCGGCUGCAUACUUUGAAACCAAACCUGAAGCAUCCCUGACUGUGAGUGGUGUGAUAGCGGGUGCCAUUGUUGGAGUAACUUUACUCUUACUGGUGGUUCAUCUCGGCUCUCAGUUCUUAAAAAGAGCAAAGAAACUCCUUUGGCCGAAUAUCCCCAAUCCAGGUAACAGCAAUGCCAUCCAGAAAAUAGAUGGGGUCUGCGAUCUGGAACUCCUGGAGCUCAUCAACCGACAGAUGUUGAAGGAAGAAGAGGGGGACUCCAACAGUCUACACAUUGUCAAUGGAAGAGAAGAAAUGUCUCCUGUUGGCAACCUCCAUCGCAAUGCUGACUCAUGUCUACACCUCAACACAGACCAUGGGGAGAGCCAAGGGCCUUCUCUGUCAACCAUAGCCACAGACAGAGCUCAAGAUCCAACCUCUGACACCAUUACAUCUAUCCCCACAGACAUGAGACAGACGGACCCUGUCCUCAUCAGUACGGUGGCCCACCAGUGCCACCCGUUGGCCUUUCUAAGUGAUUACACCACCAUGGAACUCUUCCAACAGGCUAUGCCACACUGUGUUCCAACCAACACGUCGUCAUCAUUGGAAUCCCAGGAUCAGUCAAGCCAGAUCAGUCAAGCCACAUCAGUCAAGCCAGAUCAGUCAAGCCAGAUCAGACAAGCCAGGCCAGAGUUAGAUUACAUCCACCAGACCCAAGGCAGCACCAGUCCAUCUCUGAACACUAAGGUGUACACCAUGGUUCUUUGAGAAUGUUUACUGUAGAUUCUAGAAUCUGCUUUUCUCACUGAGAUGCUGUGCAACCAUUCUAGGCCUUUCUCUAUGUAAACAGAGCCACCGGCGGCCAUCAGUGUCACCCUGUUAACGAGCAUAUUCUUUAUGUGUUUGAGCGGUUCUGGACUGGUUCCGACUGACAUUUUGGUGUAAAAAGCUCUCUGUUAAUGCCGUAGGGUCCCGUGACUUAUAAUGCCAAAAAGCCUCAUCUGCCUGUUCUCCGUAUCCACUCUCUAAGCAGAGCUGACUUGAAGCGUCAGGUUUCAGACCCCAUAGUUGCAUAGGCAGUGAGGUGUUACAUUUCUGGCCUAUUCAAACAAUGAAUUGAUUAUCUCUUCCCCUGAGUCCAGCUUGGGAGAUGGCAAAUGAACAGUGGACAGUCUAGCGAGGCCAUCCAUUGUGGAUUCAUCUCACGGUGAUAUUCUCAGACGGAUUUAGCGCUCUCAACACGAUGGGAUUGUCAUAACUCUGGAAUGAGAAAAUGUUUAAUGAUGUAGGGGAACUCAUAACAAACUCAAGCUUAAUUGGGUUGAGAUCUGGUGACACACCCUUUAAAACACCCUAUGCUCCUUUGACACCCCUCUUACAAAGUCACUGAGAUCUUGUCUUCUAGGCAUGGUAGCCAAAAUAAUGGCCAACUGGACAUUUUUUAAUAUUUUUAGACCCGAAGCAUGAAAGGAUGUUAAUUGCUUAAUUAAGUCAGAAUCCACACCUGUGAGGAAGCACCAGUUUUCAAUAUACUUUGAAUCUCUCAUUUACUUCAUUUUGGCAGUUACAUGUAGAUACACUAUAUAUACAAAUGUAUGUGGACACCCCUUCAAAUUAACGUGAUUUGUCAUUUCAGCCACACCCGUUGCUGACAGGUAUAUAAAAUCGAGCACACAGUUAUGCAAUCUCCAUUGACAAACAUUGUCAGUAGAAUGGCCUUACUGAAGAGCUCAGUGACUUUCAACGUGGCACUGUCACAGAACUAACUGGUGGCACAGCCACCUUUCCAACAAGUCAGUUUGUAAAAUUUCUGCCCUGCUAGAGCUGCCCUGGGCCAACUGUACAUGCUGUUAUUGUGAGGUGGAAACGUCUAGGAGCAACAACGGCUCAGCCGCGAAGUGGUAGGGCACACAAGCUCACAGAAGGGGACCGCCGAGUGCUGAAGUGCUGUUGAACAGAACCGCUGAGUCUAAGGUACUGCAGUGCUUGAGGUGUCACUACAGACCCGGGUUCAAUCCCAGGCGGUGUCACAGCCGACCGGGAGGCCCGCGAGGCGGUACACAAUCCCAUCGCGCUCUAGCGACUCCUUGUGGCGGGCCAGGUCCCUACAAGCUGACUUGGGUCGCCAGCUGGACAGCGUUUCCUCUGAUACGUUGGUGCGGCUGUUUUCCGGGUUAAGUGAGCAGUGUGUCAAGAAGCAGUGCGGCUUGGAGGGUCGUGUUUUGGAGGAUGCAUGGCUCUUGACCUUUGCCUCUCCCGAGUCCGUAAGGGAGUUGCAGCGAUAGGACAAGACUAUAACUACCAAUUGGAUACCAAAGAAUUGGGGAGAAAAAGGGGGUAAAAGUACAACAACAAAAAAUAUAUGUACUUCCUCGGUUGCGACACUCACUUACGAGUUCCAAACUGCCUCUGAAGGCAACAUUAGCACAACAGCUGUUUGUCGAGAGCUUCAUGAAAUGGGUUUCCAUGUCCGAGCAGCCGCAGAGUACGUCGGCUGGAGUGGUGUAAUGCAGGCCGCCAUUGGACUCUGGAGCAGUGGAAACACAUUCUCUGGAGUGAUGAAUCCCGCUUCACCAUCUGGCAGUCUGACGGACAAAUCUGGGUUAGGCGGAUGCCAGUAGAAUGCUACCUGCCCGAAUCCAUAGUGCCAGCCUUAAAGUUUAGUGGAGGAGGAAUAAUGGUCUGGGGCUGUUUUUCAUGGUUCGGGCUAGGCCCCUUAGUUCCAGUGAAGGGAAAUCUUAAUGCAACAGCAUACAAAGACAUUCUAGAUGCUUCUGUG